CCUAGCACCACUCCUAACUAUCCUCCGUUCGUGCCAACGCCUGCUCUGGCCCUAGCACUGGCCUGUUCGCUACUCCGUUCGUCGGAGCAUGCUCGCAUGUGGGCAGGCUCAACCUCGUCACCGCUGCAGCAACCAGGUCGCCAGCGUGGAGCACGGCUAUGGUGCCCAGGUCGGCAGCGUGGAGCACGGCUAUGUCGCCCAGGUCGCAGCGUGGAACACGGCUAUGGCGCCAAGGUAAGUACCUCUGACGCAGAUCGCCAGCGUGGAGCACGGCUAUGGCGCCCAGGUCGCCAGCAUCGAGCAGGGCUAUGGCGCCCUGGUAAGUACUGCUGGCGCAGGUCGCCAGCGUUGAGCUACCAGGUCGCCAGCGUUGAGCGCCCAGCGUGGAGCACGGCUAUGGCGCCCAGGCAAAUACCGCUGACGCAGAUUGCCAGCGUGGAGCACGGCUAUAAUGUCCAGGUCGCCAGCGUGGCGCACGGCUAUGGCGCCCAGGUCGCCAGCGUUGAGCGACCAGGUCGCCUGCGUGGACACGGCUAUGGCGCCCACGUAGCUACCGAUGACGCAGCGUGGAGCACAGCUAUGGUGCCCAGGUCGCCUUGGAGCACGGCUAUGGCGCCGAGGCAAAUACCGCUGACGCAGGUCGCCAGCAUGGAGCAUGGCUAUGGCGCCAGGUCGCCAGCAUGGAACACGGCUAUGGUGCCCAGUUCGCCAGUGUGGAGCACGGCUUUGGCUCCUAGGAAAGUACCACUGACGCAGGUCGCCAGCGUUGAGCGCGCAGGUCGCCAGCAUGGAGCACGAUUAUGGCGCCCAGGUCGCCAGCGUGGAGCACGGCUAUGGCGCCCAGGUCGCCAGCGUGGAGCACUGAUAUGUCGCCCACAUCGCCAGCGUGGAGCACGGCUAUUGCGCCCAGGUAAGAAGCCAGCGUGGAGCACGACUAUGGCGCCCAGGUCGCCAGCGUGGAGCACGGCUAUGGCGCCCAGGCAAGUACCUCUGACGCAGAUCGCCAGCGUGGAGCACGGCUAUAGCGUCCAGGUCGCCAGCGUGCAGCACGGCUAUGGCGCCCAGGUUGCCAGCGUUAAGCACGGCUAUGGCGCCCAGGUCGGCAGCAUGGAGCACGAGUAUGGCUCCCAGGUCGCCAGCGUGGAGCACAGCUAUGGUGCCCAGGUCGCCUUGGAGCACGGCUAUGGCGCCGAGGUCGCCAGCAUGGAGCAUGGCUAUGGCGCCAGGUCGCCAGCAUGGAACACGGCUAUGGUGCCCAGUUCGCCAGUGUGGAGCACGGCUUUAGCUCCUAGGUCGCCAGCGUUGAGCGCGCAGGUCGCCAGAGCGGAGCACGAUUAUGGCGCCCAGGUCGCCAGCGUGGAGCCCGGCUAUGGCGCCCAGGAAACGACCGCUGUCGCAGUUAUGGCCUCUGCCCAUCUUGUUGUUGUUGUUUUUGUUGCUGUUGUUGCUGUUGUUGUGCAGGUCGCCAGCGUGGAGCACGGCUAUGGCGCCCAGGUCGCCAGCAUGGAGCAUGGCCAUGGCGCCCAGGUCGCCAGCGUAGAGCACGGCUAUGGCUCACAGGUCGCCAGCGUGGAGCACGGCUAUGGCGCCCAGGUCGCCAGCGUGGAGCACGGCUAUGGCGCCCAGGUCGCCAGCGUGAAGCACGGCUAUGGCGCCGAGGUCGAMAGCGUGGARCACGGCUAURGCGCCCAGGUCGCCAGCGUGAAGCACGGCUAUGGCGCCGAGGUCGCCAAUGUGGAGCACGGCCAUGGCGCCCAGGUCGCCAGCAUGGGCACGGUUAUGGCGCCCAGCGUGGAGCACGGCUAUGACACCCACGUCGCCAGUGUGGAGCACGGCAAUGUUGUUGUUGUUGUUUUGCAGGUCGCCAGUGUGGAGCACGGCAAUGUCGCCCAGAUCUCCAGCGUGGAGCACGGCUAUGGCGCCCAGGUAAGUCGUCAGCGUGGAGCACGGCUAUGGCGCCGAGCGUUGAGCACGGCUAUGGCGCCCACGUCGCCAGUGUGGAGCACGGCAAUGUCGCCCAGAUCGCCAGCGUGGAGCACGGCUAUGGCGCCCGGGUAUGUCGUCAGCGUGGAGCACAGCGUGGAGCACGACUAUGGUGCCCAGGUAGGCAGUGUGGAGCACGGCUAUGGCGCCAAGAUCGCCGGCGUGGAGCACAGCUAUAACGUCCAGAUCGUUAGCGUGGAGCAGGGCUAUGGCGCCCAGGUCGCUCGCGUGGAACACGGCUAUGGCGCCCAG